ACAACCGCCAGGCCACUAGAUGACAGAUGACAAGCAGUGAAAAAAAAUAUUCGCAUAUGCAUACGUCAUGAAAAGUUUGUAAAGGAAAAAAGUGAAAAUUUUAAAGAAAAUAUGUUGGAUAUUUGCACAAAAACUAUACAAAAACAAACUGGCCAUACUGAACUACAAGAAAAAUGAAAAUUCAUCCAUUCGAAGGCAAUUAAAAAAGGUUAGAGAACUUUGCGUAUGAAGUGUGACUGACUGGCAGAGUUGAACAGUGAAAGAACGAACGAAAGUGUAGUCAUAGUGCAAGAAUAACAAAAAAAGAAUUUAUCAAACGAAAGAAAUUGUUGAGCAUAACACAAAAGAAAAGAAGAAAAAUAAUUGUUAAUUUACUUAUUUAAUUGCUUUGCAAGAAGCGUUGUUUUUGUCGUAAAACAAGUGGCCAGCUGUUAAAUCCAGAAAACAAGUAAUCAAUAUUCAUAGCUGCAGUAAGAUUGCACAAAAGGCAGUAAAUUUGUGGUAUCCUCCCCCCACCUCUCACAAGGCAAGGCGAGUUGAUACAUUUGAAAUUUGUCAUAAGCAAAUUUUGUUAACAAAAUAUUUGGCCGACGAGCAAAGCACAUGAUGUGGUCGUUCUUCUCGCGCGACUCUUCCAAAGAUUUCCCCUAUGACAUCGGUGAGCCAGUGGCAGGUUUUGAAAAUCACUCCAUAUGGACUUUGCACAAAGCCAAACGAAAGGGCACCCAAGAGGAAGUGUCGGUAUUUGUGUUCGAUUUACGUAGUGGCUCGGAUGCCAAAUGUGAGCUGGCCAAGGCGGCGUUGAAGAGACUCAAAACAUUGAGACAUCCGAGUAUAUUGCAAUUUUUGGACUCGCUGGAGACAGAUAAAUUACUGUAUGUAGCAACAGAAUAUGUUGAGCCAUUGGGUUUGCAUAUAGCCAAACUGUCGGCAGAUGGCCCACAAAAGGAUUUAUAUUUAGCUUGGGGUAUAUUCCAAAUAACGCGCGCAUUAUCCUUUCUCAACAACGAUGGAAGUUUGAGACACAACAAUGUGUCAGUGUGGUCAGUGUUUGUGAAUUCAUCGGGUGAAUGGAAAUUGGGAAGCUUGGAAUAUGUCUCGCCGGCAGAUGGCAAUCCGAUGCCACCCAUUAAAGUACCACCUUCACUGGAAGUCUAUGAUCCACCGGAAAAGAAUGAUCAAACAAAACUAAAAGCGGCAACAAAGUGUUCCGCUGACAUGUGGGGUUUGGGCUGUCUCGUUUGGGAAUCAUUUAACGGACCACUCCGUUCCCGUUCCAAUCUCAAAGACAUUGACUGCAUUCCGAAAUCAUUACAAUCGCUGUACUGUGAAUUGGUUGGUGCAUCUCCCUCGAAUCGUCCCAAUCCGGCUGAUAUUAUAACGCGUUGUCGUAAACCUGGUGGAUUCUUUAAAAACGAUUUAGUCGACACACUAUUGUUCCUCGAAGAAAUACAAAUCAAAGAUAAAGCGGAAAAGAAUCGUUUCUUUUCGGGCCUAACAUUACAUUUGGACAAUUUUCCUGAUAACGUGUGCAAGCACAAGAUUUUACCACAACUGAUAACGGCAUAUGAAUAUGGUGAUGCUGGCUCAGCUGUAUUGGCGCCCAUGUUCAAGCUUGGAAAACUCCUAGAUGAAGCGGAAUAUCAAAAACGCAUUGUUCCCUGUGUUGUUAAACUUUUUGGUUCUACGGAUCGUGUAACACGUUCACGUUUACUGCAGCAACUCGAGCUGUUUAUUGCGCAUCUGCAGCCCCAAGUGGUAAAUGAUCAAAUAUUCCCCCAAGUAGCUCAUGGAUUUCUUGAUACAAAUGCCACCAUACGGGAACAGACUGUCAAAUCCAUUAUACACUUGGCUCCAAAAUUAAAUUACAAUAAUUUAAAUGUGGAAGUUUUGAGACAUUUUGCACGUCUUCAGGCCCGCGAUGAUCAGGGUGGAAUACGUACAAAUACCACCGUUUGUUUGGGCAAAAUAGCACCUCAUCUACAUCCGCAGGUACGACAGCGUGUUUUAGUAUCAGCUUUUAUACGCGCCAUGCGUGAUCCUUUUCCACCCGCCAGGGUAGCCGGAGUUUUAGCUUUAGCCGCCACCCAACAAUACUUCUUGUUAAACGAAGUUGCAAAUCGUGUCUUACCUGCAUUGUGUUCGCUUACAAUUGAUCCGGAGAAAAGUGUACGCGAUCCAGCCUUUAAAACAAUUCGAGGGUUUUUGGGCAAGUUGGAAAAAGUUUCUGAAGAUCCAAGCCUAAGAGAGACAAUGGAGGCCGAUGUUCACACAGCCACUCCAUCAAUCGGUAACGCUGCCGCCACCUGGGCUGGUUGGGCAGUAACAGCUGUAACAUCUAAGUUCUAUCGUAGUCAAAGUGAUUCCUCAAGACCUCGACCACCGUUGACAGGCCGUAAUUUAUCAAAACCUGCGUCGUUAGAACAACCAUCAAGCAGCAGUUUAUCGACAACCACCUCUUCUGUAACGUCCAUGACUUCAUUGGAACAUGAAAGCAAUGAUACAUCUGCAUCUGCCUCCGAUUAUGGCAACAAUGAUUGGGACAAUGAAAACUGGGGUGAAAUGGACACAUCACAGGAUCCUAGCUCACCAAUGGCUGGUUCGCCUAACAAUGGUCCAUUAUCGGUCAACACAGCGCUAGCGGAUGUCCGAGAUGGUUGGGACAAUGAAGAAUGGGGUAGUUUGGAAGAGGAUCCGGGCGAAGAGGAAGCUCAGGAACAAGAACAACAACAAAUGCAAUUACGACAAUCACCCAUACGGCCUCACCAACAACAAUUGCAACAACAUCAAUUGAACGAAUUAAUUGAGCCAUUGGCCAAACUUAAUUCCCACAAUACAUCACCUUCCAAAUCAACACUCGGCUCAACAUCACUAUCGUCAAGUCUACGACCAAGAGAUCUAUCGGCUAAUUUAUCAUCGGCUAGUAAUACAACAACAUCGCCAACACCAUUCCUCAAUUGCAAUAACAUUAGUCCGCCACAGCAGAAAUCACCGCAUCACAUGAAUAAUUCAACGAAUAGCAAUGCCAAUUGGAACAGUGAUUCCUGGGCAGAUGGUGAAUUCGAACCUAUCGACGAACCUUUGACAGGCAAUCCCAAACUCGAUGAGGCCCGAAGAAAACGUGAGGAAAAGAAACUACAACGUCAACGUGAACUGGAGGCGAGACGUGCUCAACGCAACAGUGGUCCAAUGAAAUUGGGCGCUAAAAAGCUUUAAAAUACCGAGGACGACGACAGCACUGCUCCAUUGCCGAAGCAAAUGCAAAAUACACACUUGACUGGAACUUUGUUUCGAAGGUUACUUUUAUUUAUUUAAUUUCUCACAAGUUACAAUUAAAUAGUAUUCCAGUUUUAUUUGCAUUUUGUUUAAAUUUGUUCUUUCCGUUCUAUAAUUGCGUGUGUGUAAACAAACUAAACUAUUAAUAUUAUAUAUAACAAUUAUAUAAAUAAUUCAAUUUGUUUUCAUUUUUGAUUUUUUUUAGUUUAAGAUUUCAAAAGCAAAAAUUGAAAUAACGAUUUUUAGACUAAUUAUGCAAUAUAUAAUAGAUAAAUAAAAAAAUAAUUAAACAAAUCACAACAACUGCAUGCCCUAUAUAUAAAAGAAAAAGAAAAUUAUACAUAUUAUUAGAAAUUUAAAAAUACUUUAAGCAUUCAAUGCAAUUUAAUUAUUUGAAAAAGUUCAUCAACAAGGCAACCAUUGUAAGAAUUUAUUGCUAAUUUUUUUUUUCGAUUUAUCCCAUACAACAGUAUGUUUUUUUACAAUACCAAACAAAACGAAAAAUUGCCAAAAAAAAAACACAAUAUUUUAAGGCAUGACUCAAAUCUAAAACCAAGAAAUGCUGAAAAUUGUAUUAAAAAUAUUGAAAUUGUAUAAUAGUAUAGAUAUUCCAACUAAGUUUUAAAUUUUUUUUGUGUGAAAAAUUUAGCCUCCCUAAAAUAAAGAAUCUUAUAAAUA